CAAACAAAAUGGAGGCUGGCUGAGGAAUUCUGGGAGUUGAAGUCCACAAGUCUUCAAAGGGCCAAGGUUGAAGACCCCUGAAGUAGGGAUUCUAGGCUGAUUCCUCUUUUGACUCCACCCCCACUUUUUUCCCUCCUUUAUCCUACAUGUGGUGGUUGGUUUCUUUUAUUUUUAUUUUUCCUGGCCUCCCUUCUCCCCUUCCAGGAUGAAAGAGUGGUGGAUCCAAGUCGGCCUGCUGAUGCUGCCCCUGCUUGCCGUUUACCUGCACAUCCCGCCUCCGAAGCUGUCUCCCGCUCUGCGUUCCUGGCGCUCCUCGGGGAGCUUCUUCACCUACAAAAGCCAGAACGUCUUUUUCAGAGAUUCCCCCGGCGCCGUCGGGAGUUCAGACAUUGUGGUCCUUUUGCACGGCUUCCCAACCUCGAGUUACGAUUGGUACAAGAUUUGGGAAGCGCUGACGCAGCGGUUCCAUCGUGUGAUCGCGCUGGAUUUUGUGGGCUUUGGCUUCAGCGAUAAACCUCGACCUCAUGCCUACUCCAUCUUCGAACAAGCCAGCAUCGUGGAAGCCCUGUUGCGCCACCUGGGACUCCUGAAUCAACGGGUCAACCUCCUUUCUCACGACUACGGGGACACCGUGGCGCAAGAACUGCUGUACAGGUACGAACACAAUAAAACCGGAUGCAUCCCGAUCAACAGCCUGUGUCUGUCGAACGGAGGCAUCUUUCCAGAAGUCCAUUAUCCCAGGUUCAUCCAGAAGAUUCUCAAAGAUGGCGCUCUGCUAUCGCCCAUUCUCACUCGGCUAAUGAACUAUUUUUUCUUCGCCAAAAGCCUUGCUGAAGUCUUUGGCCCGUACACCCAGCCUUCAGAGGCUGAAUUGUGGGACAUGUGGACAGCCCUGCGAACAAAUGAUGGCAACCUCGUGGCAGACAGCCUUUUACAGUAUAUCAACCAGCGGAAGCAACACCGGGACCGCUGGGUUGGGGCACUGCGAUCCACCUCGGUUCCCUUGCAUCUGAUUUACGGACCCCUGGAUCCGGUCAAUCCUCACCCGGAAUUUCUUCGGCUUUAUAAGACAAUUUUGUACUCUGGAGCAAUAGGAGAGGCGUGGGAAGAGCUGAUGAAAACUCCGGACAGCAGUCGAACCAACCUUUCGAAGCAAUCUCUCAUCUGGGCGAGUAAACUCAACAGAAUCCAGCUGAUGGAUUGGUGGAGAUAGGGGUGGCGGCGGCCUGAAGCCGUUUGCAGGGAGUCUGCCUUUCCCUCUACCCCCCCCCCCCAAAAAAAAUCCUGACUCUGGAGGAUGCAGGGAGAGAGAAGACCAGGUGAAUAAGCAAGCAGAAAUGAAGAAGAGGCCAGCAGGAUCAAGUUGAUAAAGUACUUAACAAUAGUUCAUUUAGUGACCGUUCCAAGUUACAACGGCACUGAAGUGACUUAUGACCUUUUUUCACAUUAAGGCAGUGUAGGUCGUCCUCGACUUAACGGCCACAAUUGAGGCCAACAUUCCUG